AUGUCUCCAGUCACCACCGCAGAAGCUGAAGCUAGGCUGGCGACUGGAGUGUCCAUUGAAGCAAUUGUUUGUUUUGUUACAGGCGGCCGUGAUAAACGAGGAGGUCCCAUCCUGACAUUUCCAGCACGCAGCAAUCAUGACAGAAUAAGGCAGGAAGAUCUUCGGAAACUUGUGACUUACUUGGCUAGCGUACCAAGUGAAGAUGUCUGCAAACGUGGUUUCACAGUCAUCAUUGAUAUGAGGGGAUCUAAGUGGGACCUGAUCAAACCUCUCCUGAAGACUCUUCAGGAGGCCUUUCCUGCAGAAAUUCAUGUUGCCCUGAUAAUCAAGCCUGAUAACUUUUGGCAGAAGCAGAAGACAAAUUUUGGAAGUUCAAAAUUUAUCUUUGAGACAAGCAUGGUCUCCGUUGAAGGUUUAACAAAACUGGUUGAUCCCUCCCAACUAACAGAAGAGUUUGAAGGAACUCUGGAUUACAAUCAUGAUGAAUGGAUAGAGUUGAGAGUUUCCUUGGAAGAAUUUUUCAAUAGUGCCAUCCAUUUAUUAUCCAGGCUGGAGGACCUUCAGGAAAUGCUGGCUAGGAAAGAAUUUCCAGUGGAUGUGGAAGGUUCAAGAAGACUAAUAGACGAACAUACCCAGCUCAAGAAGAAAGUAAUCAAAGCUCCAGUGGAAGAAUUGGACCGUGAAGGUCAACGAUUAUUACAAUGCAUAAGAUGCAGUGAUGGUUUCUCUGGUAGGAACUGCAUUCCUGGCAGUGCAGAUUUCCAAAGUCUUGUGCCAAAGAUUACCAGCCUUUUAGAUAAGCUGCAUUCAACACGACAGCACUUGCAUCAGAUGUGGCAUGUCCGUAAGCUGAAACUCGAUCAGUGCUUUCAACUUCGACUUUUUGAACAAGAUGCAGAAAAG